UUCGUGUGGUCGGUUACUGUAGGCCUAAGCUCUGACAGAUCGAACGCUUUAGCCUAGCCUACUUUAUCCCACUUUUUAAACAAGUUUAUGUUAGGGUAGGGUAGGCUACUGCGUUUUUAGAUCGGUAUUUGGUUAAGAAACACUUUCACAUUUUAUGGGAUCUAUCUGCGCAUGAGAACGAGAACCAGGCUAUGAGCGUCAUCUGUAGAAUGGAUGGUGGUUAAAUCUGUCAUUGCAGACGGAUGGUUUGAAUAAGGUAAAGGCGAGAAUAAAAGAAAGUUGUUCCAGUCCGCAUCCCUCUGCAACAAUGGAAAUAGAUAGUAUGGUGGCAAACAGCGUACUCAUCCGUGCCAGAGAAGGUGGAGGAGGAAAAGGCAGGAGUAGGAAAUGGAGAAUGAUGCUGCGCUUCCCUCACAUCAGCCAGUGUAUGGAGCUGGGCAAUACCAUCGCGAGAGACUACUCCAGUUUGUGUGUGAAGCAGCCUAUUGGCAGACAACUAUUCUGUCUCUUCUGUCAGAGCAAACCUGAGCUACGGCACUGCAACUCCCUACUGGACAAAAUGGGGGAGUAUGAGGUGCAAUCAGAUGAAGAUAGGAAGAGUUUUGGCAUGCAAAUCAUUAACAGGUUCCUCAGUAGACAGUCGUCUGAGUGUGUACAGGUUGUGGAGAGCUAUGGUAAGAGGUGCAGAGAGAGUCUGGAGGUGUGGCACGGUAGAGACAUCUUCAUUGACUGCACAGAUGACCUCCAUGAGUUCCUGAGUGGUGCCCCCUUCCUUCAGUACCUGCAGAGCAUGUACUUUGAGCGUUUUCUGCAGUGGAAGAUGGUAGAGAGACAGCCCGUUACCAAACACACCUUCAGACAGUACAGGAUGCUGGGCAACGGAGGCUUCGGGGAGGUGUGGGCAUGCCAGGUGCGAGCCUCUGGGAAGAUGUAUGCGUGUAAGAAGCUGGAGAAGACUCACAUGAAGAAGAGGAGAGGAGAGGCCAUGGCCCUCAACGAGAAACAGAUACUGGAAAAGCUCAACAGCAGAUUUGUGGUGAGUCUGGCGUAUGCGUAUGAGACCAAACGAUCUCUUUGUCUGGUGCUAAGCAUGAUGAACGGAGGAGACCUGCGGUUCCACAUCUAUAACAUGGGUCCUCCAGGCCUGCAGCCGGCCAGGGUCCAGUUCUAUGCUGCUGAGGUCUGCUGUGGUCUCCACCACCUCCACCAGAGGAACAUUGUCUACAGGGAUCUAAAACCGGAGAACAUACUUCUGGAUGACAAUGGGCACAUCCGUAUCUCAGACCUGGGCCUGGCGGUGAAGCUAUCUGAAGGGAAUCUGGUACGAGGCAGGGUGGGGACCCUGGGUUACAUGGCUCCAGAGGUGAUUGGCCAUGAGUACUACGGGAUAAGCCCCGAUUGGUGGGGCCUGGGCUGCCUUGUGUACGAGAUGACGGCCGGACGAUCCCCGUUCAAAAGACAAGGGGAGCAAUUGACGGAAAAGGAGAUGGAGAGAAGGAUACAGGAGACAGAAGAGGAGUACAGGAAGACAUUUAGCAGCGAGACAGAAGACUUCUGCCGCUCUCUGUUGACCAAAGACCCGAGACAGAGGUUGGGGUGUCGAAGGUGUGGGGUGGAAGGGGUCAAGUCCCAUCCCUUCUUCAGCACCAUCAACUUCAGGAGGCUGGAGGCCGGAGUCAUUGAGCCACCCUUCAAACCGAAUGUACAUACCCUAUCUGUAACCCCUAACCUCUACUUGUUAACCCCCAACUAUAGCCUUAACCCUAAUGAAGGCAUGUCGUCGUCAUCAUCCCCAACCUUCCCUCCCUCUGUCCAGCCCAGGGCGGUGUACUGCAAGGAUGUUCGGGACAUUGAUGAGUUCUCCACAGUAAAAGGAGUCAUUUUGGAGAGGACAGACAACGACUUCUACACCAAGUUUAACACAGGCUGCGUGGCCAUACCCUGGCAGACAGAGAUGAUAGAGAUGGGUUGUUUCAAGGAGCUGAAUGUGUUUGGCCCUCAGGGUUCUAGACCCCCUGACCUGGACUGGGACCAGAAUCCUGCCCCAGAGAAACCUAAACGUAGCCUGCUGGACCGCAUCUUCCACAAGACACACACCUGUUGAUGGAUGGGCAUCCUCAAACCCUCUCACCACUGCAACUUUUGUUGUAAAUGAGAACAUUCCUUUAAAUCAGCUUACCCGGUGUAGAGUAAAAUGAAUAUAUAUGAAUAAUUUGCUGGUGUUGAUGAUCACUCAGCACACUGAUCAAUACACAGAUCAACCAGUCAGUACUGUAGGCCUUUUUACUUUUAUUUUUUUUUAACCUUUAUUUAACUAGGCAAGUGGGUUAAGAACAAAUUCUUAUUUUCAAUGACGGCCUAGGAACAGUGGGUUAACUGCCUUGUUCGGGGGCAGAACGGUGAUUUGAACUUGCAACCUUUCGGUUACUAGCCCAACGCUCUAACCACUAGGCUACGCUGCCGCCUUCUGCAAAUCAACAACCCAAACACAGCCAAAGAAGAACACGAAUCUGUGGCCAAAUUUUCUCACUUUCUCUCCAGCAUUUACAGAACGCACACUUUAAAGAUGAAGGGAUAAAACAGGGCUUUAUUUAAGAGAUGUCUUAAAGAUGUCUCUGUCACACACUCGGGCCAUACCGUCUGUCAUUCACCAGCACAGGCCAAAGGGACCAUCCCCAUACUAUCAUACUGAGGAGAGGCGGUCUUAUUCCUGUAAAACACUCAUUUAGAAUGAGAACGAUCAAAGGGAACCCUCAUCAAAGACACAGUGUUUUGAUAUUGUACCUACCUGUGUUUUGUAUGUAACCUCAGA